AUGGUAUUAGAGCGGAAUCGCAGUUACGCUGCGGCAGUAAGUACGGAUCAUGAAGCCGGAAAUGAUAACUCCACCGGAAAUACAGUAGGAGCUUCAACUCCGGCCAGUCAGAUCCAUCUGAAUCAGAAUUUGAUGCAUCGUGUGGAUGAAGUAGAUGAUCCGAUGUAUCUUCAUGUCACGGAGAAUCCAAAUCUCGUGCUCGUCUCACCUCCCUUGUCCGAAUCCAAUUAUGCUACAUGGAGCAGGUCCAUGAAACUGGCAUUAGGGGUGAAGAACAAGUUCGGAUUUGUCAGUGGCUCAAUUCGAAGUCCUGGAGAAUCAGAUGUGAGGUUCGCUGCCUGGAAGAGAUCAAAUGAUAUCGUUUGUUCAUGGAUCCUGAGAUCAGUAAACCCUACCAUUGCUGAGAGUGUGCUGUACUAUGAAUUGGCAGAGGACAUCUGGAAUGCUCUAAGGAAAAGAUACUCUCAGACAGAUCCACAUAAGAUUGCAGAGAUUCAAAAUGAAAUUUACAGGAGUGUGCAAGGUAAUAUGUCCAUUAAUGAGUACUUUACAAAGUGUAAUGGCUUAUGGGAAAAACUGAAUGCUGUUAGACCUUUGCCUAUUUGUGAGUGUGUGCCUAGAUGUGUUUGUUCUCUCAGAUCUAAGAUCCAGAAAGACAGGGAAGAGGAUCAGGUUAUUAGAUUUCUGGAAGGCAUUAAUGAAGGUUUUGAUUCUAUAAAAUCAGGCAUUCUAGUCAUGGUCCCCCUCCCAACUAUGGAGAAGGUCUUAAACAUGACUUUGAAACUAGGGAGAAAGCUGAAUGGAGCCACAGUUCAUAAGAAUAAUGAAGUAAUCCAAGCAAAUGCUGUACAGAAUCAAGUUGCUGAUGAUGAGAAUAUUGUGGCAAUGACAGCCUCAAACAAUAGAAAGAAAUUUAAUAGCUCAACAGGAAAGAAUGUGCCAAAAUGCACAUAUUGUGGAAUGAAUGGUCAUACAGUGGAGAAAUGCUAUAAGAAGCAUGGAUUUCCUCCUGAAUGGGUGCAAGGAUAUAAAUCUAAGAACAGACAGGUCCAAGACAGUCAGCAGAAUUUCAGUUCUGGUUUUGGUGGUUUGAAUCAUUCUGUUAAUGAAGUAGGAGAUAUAGGAUUGUCACCUGAUCAGUUUAAGAGGCUAAUGUCUCUUCUACAAACACAAAAUCAAGGAAGUCAGUCUUCUACUAGUGCUGCCAUUGCAGUUAAUGAUACAGGAAUGAAAUCAAACUUCACAAAAAUUCUAGACAAUUCAAAGGAAGGCAAGUUCCUCUCAAACUCUCAUAUUUCUGCUGUUCUAAAUUGCCCUACUGUAUGGAUUGUAGACUCAGGAGCCACAGACCAUAUCACAUGCUCCUUGGAAUAUAUUGAAAACUGCUUUCCUAUUAAUGAUGUUUCUGUGAAAUUGCCAAAUGGAGAAGUUGUUCAGGUCACACACAUGGGAGAAGUUAGACUUCUUCCUGAUUUGUUGCUGAAGAAUGUAUUGUAUAUCCCAUCUUUCACUUUUAACAUAGUCUCUACCAGCAAAUUGACAAAGCAAACUGGUUGCACUAUUAUGAUGAGUACUGACUCCUGUGAUAUUCAGGGACCUCAUGGGAGGGUGGAUGGUUUUGCUAAGGAAAAGGAUGGGCUCUAUUUGCUGAGUCAGGUGCCUGCCAAGAAGAAGUUUUUUGUGAGAAUAAUAGUCAGUGUAACAGUUUGA